UCUAACCCUUUGGAAAGAUCCCUUAUUGGAGCAUACAAUGUGUUAACUGACAAUGAGGAACGAGAGAUCGAAGCGAUGUUGCGUGAGUUAGAAUCUUGUGGUGAACUGGCCUAUCAAGAAGAAUUAGUGGAAGAUUUGAAUGCAAAGAAGGAAACUGAAGAGCAAAAGUUAGAAUUGAAGAUGCUUCCGUCGCAUUUGAAGUAUGUGUUUCUUGGAGAUGAGUGUACCAAACCGGUGAUUAUAAGCAACACAUUGUCCACGCAGGAGGAAGAUAAGUUGAUUCGAGUUUUGAAAAAGAACCAAGGUGCGAUAGGGUGGGUUUUAUCCGAUUUGAAGGGUAUUAGUCCAGCAUAUUGCAUGCACAAGAUAAUGAUGGAGGAAAACUUCAAACCGGUUGCACAACCUCAGAGGCGUUUGAAUCCAUCAAUGAAAGAGGUGGUUCGGAAAGAAGUUGUUAAACUUUUAGAAGCAGGAAUGAUUUAUCCCAUAUCUGAUAGUGCAUGGGUGAGUCCGGUACAAGUGGUCCCCAAGAAAGGUGGAAUGACGGUGAUUAAAAACGAUAAAAACGAGUUGAUUCCGACGAGAACAGUGACAGGGUGGAGGAUGUGCAUCGAUUAUAGAAGGUUGAACCAAGCCACAAGAAAAGAUCAUUUCCCACUACCUUUCAUGGAUCAAAUGUUGGAGCGGCUCGCCGGCAAAAACUUCUACUGUUUCUUGGACGGAUAUUCGGGGUAUAAUCAAAUUUCAGUAAAUCCGGCAGACCAUGAGAAAACAGCUUUUACAUGUCCCUUCGGCAUUUUUGCUUACCGAAGAAUGCCUUUUGGAUUAUGUAACGCACCGGCCACGUUUCAACGGUGUAUGCAAGCUAUCUUUUCAGACCUGAUAGAAGAAUGCAUCGAGGUGUUCAUGGACGAUUUUUCUGUUUAUGGAUCAUCUUUUGAAGUGUGUUUGAAGCAUCUUGAUGUAGUUAUAGAGAGAUGCGUGGAGACCAACCUAGUGCUCAACUGGGAAAAAUGCAAUUUUAUGGUAACUGAGGGUAUAGUGCUUGGUCACAAGAUUUCUUCUGAAGGGCUAGAGGUGGACAAGGCCAAGGUGGAAAUUAUUGAAAAGCUGCCACCUCCAACCAACAUCAAAGGAAUAAGAAGCUUUCUAGGACAUGCCGGUUUCUACCGGAGAUUCAUACAAGACUUCUCAAAGAUCGCAAAGCCACUGAGUAAUUUACUCAACAAAGGUCAAUUCAGUUUCAUUUCAAACUUCCUCUUUUCAAACCCUUUUGCCGCGCUUUCAUCCCAACCCCCAAAUUCCACCAUUUCUCAACGUUUUUCAGUAUUUCACUCUUCCAAUCUUCUUCUUUCUGCAAGUGUAGAGAUUCUAAAGAUGUCUAAGAGAACUAAGACCACAGCACCUCCUCAGGCCCGUGCGCCCCGAAGGUUCAUCAGUGAGGAGCACGAAGCACGCUUUGAGAGUCUUGUCAAGAGGACUAUUCUACCGGAAAGGUUUAUCCGCCUGGCUCCAACUGGAGUGUAUCACAAAGUGGUUGAGGUUUUCGAGCAAAGAAAAUGGAUGAAGUUGUGUGAGCCGGAAGCCGCAAUCAACUACGACCUUGUCCGAGAAUUCUACGCGAAUGCGAUGCAUCGUGAGGAAGGUACGACCUUCAUUCACCAGUCCAGGGUAAGGGGAAAGAUUGUGUCAUUUGGAAGGGAUGACAUCAAUUCUUAUCUAGGUCAUCCCUUAACUCUUGGAGAGGGGGAGAGUUGUGAGUACAAUACCAUGGUAGCAGCUGACAGAUGGAACCUGGAAGCAGUCAAUGCCACCCUUUGUCUCAGAGGAAAAUCUUUUGAAGUGAAUGACCAAGGGCACCCGAAAUUGUGGAAGAGGGAAAAUUUCAAUUUGGAAGCUAGAGCUUUGUUGGUGCUACUGUUAACCAAUAUCAGACCAAGAAGCCACACCACCACAAUUCCUAUGGAUGUCGGGUGUCUCUUGUACUGCAUCAUGAUCGGGAAGACGGUGGAUGUUGCAGCCCUCAUUUCAUGCGAGAUGAGAAAGAUUGUGUUAAGUGGAACAAAUUUCGGGGGCAAAGCUGGUGUGCUAGCUUAUCCAGGACUCAUCAUGGGAUUGUGCCGUAGGGCCAAUGUUCACAUUCCUGAGGAAGUGCACUACUCGAUCACCAGUGUGAUCAGUGACGCUUAUUUGAACAGGUUUCUGCAGAACCCGAAUGAGAAGACUGAUGCAUCUGGUACUUCUUCCUCUCGGUCCCGAGCCAGGGAAAUCAUUCUAUAUUGCGGUUUAUUUCCGUUCGACAUUAAGGUUGAAACCAUAGCUAAAUGUUGGAGAUAG